AUGGACCAUUUGCACUCCUCACUUACCGCCAUGCAAGUGCCGUCUACCCUCUCAAACCACAGUCCACGUGCCCCCGACAAGAGGCAGCGCCACGCCAAACAGACGGCCACGCUCGUCAACGACUUGGCCUUGGUUCAGCUCGACAUUGAGCGCGCCGAGGUUGAGAAGACAGCUGUACCGCCACCAAUGGGAUCGGCACCGUCUCAACGCCCCACAUUCCCCCUCGUCCGACUUCCCUCUCACACGCACUCCCCCUCGUCUCCCCCUGCCACAUUCGCCCCUUUCAAGAAAUUCUUGCCAGCGGUUUUCGACACGGAGGUGCUCACCUCGAUCACCUCCCGCCUGCAGCAGCAGCUCGAGGCCGCGGCAUCAGAAGAGCACCCUGUGGCCGCCACCAAGCCCAAGGCCGCCGAGCAGACUAUCCACCUGGAUGAGCGGUACACCAAGGUGACGGGGGCGCAGCGCAAGAACCAUGAGGCAAUGCUGUGCACCAUUGCCGAUCUUCCUCGUCGCUUCGAGCUCGAGCUCGCGGCCGUGGAAGUCGAACAGCCGACGGUGGACGACCUUGUCCUCCCCGCUCGCUGGUGCGACGCAACCGAGUCGUACGUUGCUGGCGCCAAGUACAGCGUGUACAGCGGCCUCCCCCUGCGCGAGCGUCUCAACGGAUGGUUCAGGGGAUGGCUCGCUCCCCUCGUUGCCGCGGACGACAAGGUGGAUGCCGACUCGCCGGAACUGCGCUUCUACCAGCGCUACGCCAACAUCGUCGAGCGAGUUGUCCAGAUGCAGAGGUUGCCCGACCAGCGCGACAAGCUGCCGAUGGAGAUCCAAGUGCUGACGAGAGACAGCUUCAAGGUCAAUGGCAAGGUCGUCAACGGUCACAUCGACGGCAACGUCCAGGCCACGACCUGGAUAUUCAACUGGUUCAAGGGCCAGGGCCUCGACGAAGUCGCCCGCCUGCGCAUUCUCGCGAAGCACCUCCAUCGUGCCGGUCGCUCGACCGACGCCAUCGCCGGCAUCCUCAACCGGCUGGCGCCUCUCCAUGCUGCGUCUCACAACGGGACGUGCAGUGCUCACCUGCGGCAACAAUGGGUCGAUGAGCUGGCCUGGUACCGCGCCUUUGUAGACGGCCUGCCGGAGGGCGACGACUUCCUCUGGUCUGCUCCUCUGCCCGAGCCCGACAUCGCGCGCUUGAUCCAAAGGUACAACGCGCCCAAGGCCGAGUGGAUGAACUGGGAGCCGAUGUGCAGUCAUGGCUGCCGAAGUUUGACGAGCUGGAGCGCAGGUGGAAGGAGUAAGUCGGGAUUGUGUGGCAGUGGUGGUUGUGAUGGAGAGACAGAAGAAGAAACUGACACGACAAGACGCCGCCCUGAAGGACCCCCCCUCACCAGAAACAAGGGCGGUGUCCCGACCUUUGUGUUCUCGGACCAGACCGACACGCGCACCAUCCUGGAGCUGCUCGCCCGUUGCAUCCAGCGGGCCGAGGACGACUGCGAUGACGUCUUCCCUCCGCCACGUCCCCGCCACCUCCGCGAAAUGGGCGCCGCGCUGCGUUUGGCGCAGGAGUGUCUCUCGCAGGGCUACUUCCGAGCGGACGGCCUGGUCGGCAUUCAUGGCCGCGCCGAUGGCCUCCCCUUCUGCUUUGCUGGUGUUCCGCGCCACCCCCUCGCGCCGUCCCUCGCAUCCCACGGCCGCCACCACGAGCUGUUUAGGAGCCCAUCAUCCGUGGACGAGCUCGACGACCUCAGCUCUUUCAACCUCGACAUCGAGAGCUGGGGCACCAACAUGUUCCGCGGCAGCACGCGUGCUGGUGUCCUCGAGCACUUCAUUGAGCAGACGCGUGCAGGUGCCCACGCGCUGCUGGACAAGCUCGCACACCGCGGUGUGCUUGAGCCCUUCCUGCUGCCCAGGUACACCCUUGGUCCCCAGCUCGAACGCGCUUGGUGCCGGAACGGUCAGUCGAACCUCGAGCUCAUCCUCCGCAACCCCAACUUUGUGGAUGAGCUCGAGUUUCGCCGCGACGCAUAUAUUGCGGACCACCCCGUGUGCCAGGACGACGACUCGGCAGAAGCCAGGCGCGCCGAACGCAUGUCGCGCAGGAUCGAGCUGCUCCGUGUCGUCUCGCGCGAUGCCGACAAGAUCUCGGCCCGUUACCUCCAGAAGGCGAGCACGAGCAAGCCCGGGCCCGAGGCCGCCCGUCCUUUCCCUCAUGUCCGCGUGAGCACCGUCCAGGAGCUCCUCGCCACCGGUGAGCUUCGCGCCGACCACCCCGCCGUCGCCGACCUCGCCGGCUACAUUCGCGAGCUGCCCAACUACAGGCAGUACAUUUACCGCGAAUGUGGUGGCACCGGAGGUCCCUCCAAGUUUAGCGGUGCCGACGCCGACGGCCAGCGCUCCUGCUGGACAUGUAUCGAGCGUGCCAGGAUCGACGAGAGGCGCGCCCUGGUCGACCAUUGGUGCGAGAUGUGUCCUGAGGGCGAGAAGGAGAAGGCCACACGAUCGCAUGACGGUGCCGAGGUGUGCGAUGAGUGCUACCACUCGCUCAACGCAUUUUGGUGCCCCGACUGCCAGACGGGCCAAUGGUUCCGAGAGGCGGGAGCAAACGGCUACACCGGCCAAGCCAAACGCUGCGCGCGCUGCAACAAGGUACCGAUGCUUCUCGGCAGUAACUGCUGCGUCUGCGGCCGUGACCCGGACGAUGGACCGUUUGUGCGCCGUCACCAACGUUGCUUCAACUGCUACCGGCGCGACACCCGUCAAGGCCUCCUCCUCGUCUUGUCCAUGACCAAGGCCCGCUUCUGCGGCGAGUGUGGCGACCAGGUCGCCGCGGGCAAGUUCAAGCGCGGCAUGUGCGAGUCUUGCUACAACAGAGACCGCACAAGUCGCAUUCACCCUGGUGACAUGCGCGACCGCACCUGCCGCAAGUGCCACAAGGUCAAGUCGAGGUUUGUGUGGGACUGGGGACUGUGCGGACAGUGCUACCACUUCCGCUAUAUGAACAACCUCCUGCUCGAGCCACUCGUCCCCGACCCCCUCCCCCAGGACGCUCCACCCGAGGACCCCAGCGUCGAGCACUGCCGCGUCUGUCGUGUGCCGAGGCCCGAGAAACUCAGGGGCAGUGGCGACAGUACGGCCUGGUACGUUCGCUGGCAGAUGUGUCGCCGGUGCUACCAGGCUUCGCGCAAGACCGGUGCCAUCGACGAGAUGAAGCUUGCCGACGGUGUCAAGUCGCCCGAGCUUGUGCCGUCCGACGCCGACGACAGCUUUGACGCCAACGACGAGUUCUUUGUCCUGGAGGCCGAGCUCGCCAGGGAAGUGCGCCAUGUCUAG